AACAUCACACAUGGCGUAACUUUAGCUUAAAUAUGAACUAGAACUUUGAAAUCAGGUUGAGGACAUUCACGAGUCACUGCCAUUCUUUGAGAGUCGAUGCUUGAGAUUUAUGAUUCAUCUCCAUCCAUCAGAAAUGUGUUAUUGAAAAGGUUGAACUCUUGUGUUGUUGAAGUUUGUUACGGUGUUAUUGAAAUCAAAGUUCGUGCCUUUCUGUGAAAUAUCCUAAGGAUAAACGAGGUUUGUUGCCUCGGCUGAGUGCUCCUCCGCCAAAAGUAGGUCAGGCAUGAACUCGUCAACGAUGGUUGCUAUUGAGAUAAAAGUCCCAUUCCAAUUGCAAUAAUCAUCACCAUCUGGCAGUGGACAAGUACUCAAGCGUGGAAUAACCAUUGUUUUGGACCGAGGAGGUCACGUGUCUUGAAAGCACAACAAGACUGGAUUCAUUCAUUAUUCAUUACUGGCCAAUCUGGUGAUCAAGGAAAGCCCUUCAGCGCCCAUAACUUCAUGCACACAGAAGGGCAAUCGAUUUUCAUUCUCAAACGGACCUAGCAGUGUAUUAAAGAAGUGAAAAGGAAAAACAAGUAACAUGGAGGAUCUCGAAACCAAGGGUCUGUUUAUUGAUGAUCUUCAAAAACUCCGGGUCUUGGAUCCGGAGCUCAUGGAGCAAACGGAGAGCUUAAAAGACGAAUGUGGAGGUUUUGUGGCUCAAAUUGGCCAUUUUCAGAAGAUGACCGAUGGUUUCAUCGCCAUUUCAGACGAGGUAUCCAAAGAGGUCGAGAAAGAAAAGUUGGCAUCACUGGGCGCUCGCAACCAGCUGAAGUCCAUAACAAAGGCCAGAGAGCAAGAACAGCAGCAGUUGCAUUCGUUGGUUAUGGAAAAGAAAUUGGAAUUGGAAAGGCUCAGGAUCCAAUAUGAAUCAUUGAUUAAGGUUCAGGCUGAACAAGAGGAAUUCAUUGACCAACUGAUCCUUCAGCAAUAAACGUGUUUUUUCUCAGUGA